AUGGGGUCUGGUUCUAAUUAUGCUUAUAAUACCGAAAACAAGGUUGGUAUAGUAAUGAAGAAGAAGAAGAAGAAUAUUAAGAUGAUGAUGAGCAUGGCAUUUGGUUUUUGGCAGCGCAUCUGCAAGGGUUGGACUAGGAUUAACAAAGACGAAGCUAUUUUGAUGAUGAAGUCCAAUAAAUCCUCCAUUCCAAAAGGCCACUUUGCAGUGUAUGUUGGAGACGAUGAUGAUAUUGAAAAGGAGCAGAAGAAGAAGAAGCGUUAUGCAGUUCCUCUUUCGUACCUAAAUCGGCCUGCAUUUCAAGAAUUGCUAAGCAUGGCUGAACAAGAAUUCGGGUACGAUCAUCCAAUGGGAGGAAUUACCAUUCCCUGCACACACCGCAUCUUCCUAAUUCAUCUCACUUCUCCACAAACCAAUUUCACUACAUGUUGA